GUCGGGUCACAAUCUCUCGCACUCUGAACUCCACCCUUUAACCCGGCCGACGUCACUCAGCGCUUAGUGACAAGAUGGCCGCCGAGAGGGUGGAUUUAGAUUUCGGGGAUCGCGAAUUGUUCGAGGAGUUUGAAGAUUCAAAACCUUCUCACCUUCGCUUUAACGACUCGGAUGAUGUGGGCGAGGUGGAGACUAUGAGGAAGAAGCUGCUGGAGUGCGAGGAGAGAGUAGGUUACUUGAAGGUGGAGAAUCAAGAACUGAAGAGGAAGUUGAACUUGUUGACCCAGCCAAGUAAAAUAGUUGUGAGUGACUCCAAAACAGAUGGUCCAAUGGUUCAGAUCUUGUUUAUGAACAACAGUAUUUCAAAACAGUUUCAUCAAGAAAUUGAAGAUUUCAUCACUGGUUUAGUUGAAAGAUAUGAAAAAGAAAUGCAAAGUGACCCUGAAAAAACAUCAUUUAACGUGAAACCUCAGCCAUCAAGUGUGCUGCUAGAAGAGCACCUGAAAGUGAAAACUUCAAGUACAGUAAAGAAAAUAAAAGAAGCAUUUCAUGUUGUGGGAAACGUUCAGUACUUCACCAACUUUUGCCUUGACAAACUCGGACAGCCAUUGCUAAAUGAAAAUCCACAGCUGACAGAUGGAUGGGAAAUACCCAAAUACCAGCAAGUCUUCGCCCAAGUUGUAUCCUUAGAUGGUCAAGAAAUGGAAUUGAAAGCUAAAAGGCCAAAACCUUGUUGUUUCAACUGUGGUUCAACCGAACAUCAGUUAAAAGAUUGUCCAAAGCCACGUGAUCUUGCUCGUAUUAGUGAAAAAAGAAAAGAGUUCAUGACAAUGACUAGUGAUUCACCUCAUUCAGGAUCUCAACCACGGUAUCAUGCAGAGAGGUUUGAAAAGUUCAAACCGGGUGUUAUCAGUGUAGAACUUAAAGAAGCUCUGGGGAUGACUGAUGAAACUCUCCCACCAUUUAUCUAUCGGAUGCGUCGAUUGGGUUAUCCACCUGGCUGGUUACUUGAGACCCAACAAGAGAAUUCUGGGCUUGCUUUAUAUGACGGAAAAGAUUCGAGUGACAGUGAAACGGAACAUGACAAACAACAUCUAAAAACUCAUUCUCCAUCCUAUGACACAAGUAAACUAAUAGAUUAUGCAGGAUUCAAUGCUGUCAUUCCAAAAGGGAUUCAGGAUGAAUGGAGGCAGUAUGGUUCAAUUCCAAUGCAAUCCCAUCAUCUGAAGGAAUACUUCGCACAUCAAUUGGUUGCUGAUUAUCCCACUAAUAAACACAGUACAAACAAAAGGGGUUCAGAUGCUGAUUCAAGCCUACACAGUGUAAAGAAGCGCAAGUCUGAAGAAAUAGAUAUGAAUUCUUUCGACAUGGACAUAGAUUCAGGUUCAGAGACACCACCAAGACCAUUACAACCUUUGCCACCCUUACCUUCUGGUUGUCCAUUAACUUCGCCUCCGCCUCCUCUACCCAAAGGAACACCACCUUCUACACCACCUACAUUUGUCCCGCCUGCACCACCUACUCCAACACCACCUCCACUUCCAAAAGACACCCCUCCCUCUACUCCUUCAAAUUGCUCUCCAGUUGGGUAUUCAUUGCAAGAAGGAAGUACCCAACCUGCAACUGCUGAGAAUGCGGGGAAAGCUUUGGAUGCAGAUGUCCUGUCAUUAGAAGAGCUGGAAGAACAACAGCGGUUGAUAUGGGCUGAAUUGGAACAGACUGAAAGUACUAACAGUGAGACAGAAGGUCCUUGUGAUUCUCCUUUAACCAAGAAUUCUGCAAAUUCCUCACCAGCAAUAAAUACACCUGACAGCUACAUGGAAAUUGAAUCUAAUGACAAAAUGGGAACGGUUGAAAAUAACAUGGGGAGUCCAAGUGCUGAAGCAUCGUCAGUUGAUUCUAGAGAUGAACAAAUCAAUUCAGUGGGACAUACUUCUUAUAGGGAAGCAAGUACUCCACCUGAAAACUCCAGAAUAGAAAUAGAGGGCAGCAGAACCAUUCAAGAUUCUACCCCAACAUCUAAAGCAUCUAUUGGAGGAAACCAAGUAUGUUUAGACGAAACAGAAGGAUCUGUCACCAGUGCUGCUGUUUCAGAAGCAAAUCAGGAGAACAGGAUUGCUUCUGUGCCUGAUAUGAGUAAAUUUGCUACUGGAAUUACACCUUUCGAAUAUGACAAUCUUUCUGAGGCAACUGGAACUUACCUUAAACUCAGGAGCUUAUUGAAGAAUUCUCCAAGAAACAAAAUGAAAAAGAAAUAAUGUAACUAUCAAAGCAGUACUGGAACUUUCAGAUCCAAGGCUUCCAAGUCAUGAUAUGACCAUAUACUAUAUUGGAGUUUUUUUCAUUAAGACCUCGUUUCAACAGUUUGUGGCAGAGCUGGUAUUUUAGUAAACACAUCAAAAAAUGUGGAUGUCAGUGCUCUUUUAAUAUGUAGGGUUGGUAAUGAGUGAAAACAUGUCUGGUGUUACAGAAAGAAGCUUUUCUUGUUUAUUCAUUUUCAAAGAGGCACUGUUGAAAUCUGAAGUCGCAGAAUUUUUCUGACGUGGAUUUAUGUGUACAGUGGGUUUUUAGUCAUUCUUGUACAUCAAAUCUUUUUGUUUAUAUAAUGAACUACAUGUUUGUUUUUGAUAUUACCAAUGUAAUUUUAUAUAAUAUACUGCCAGGGAUUUUAAUGUACAGUAUUUUAAAUUCUAAUAACGGAUCAUUGAAAAUGUCAGGGAUUACCAGGGCUGUUUUCAGGUAUUUUAUGAAUAUCCACAUAUGCUUUAGUUUUUUAAAGCUGCUUCUACCUUUGUAAUGCCAUUCUUUGCAAAAAGUAUACAGCCUUGGAUUAUGGGAAUAUGACGAACAAUUCUUCUAAGACCUGUUUUAGUAUUUUGUGACUGCAUUAAAUGGUAUAGAAAUUUGCAGCCAA